AUUGUUGGUUGACCAAAUAAGUUGUAAUUGUGAACGUCAAUCAGUGUUAUAUUGUGUGUCAAACGUCAGUUACCACUUACCGUCAGUAUGUCAAAACAAUGUAUUUUUGAUUGAACGUCUAAUUUGUAUAUUUUUGUUUUUAAAUACUUUAACACUUAGUGAAUAUUAACAAUGGAUGAAGAUAAUAAGUUACCGUUAAAACGUGUUGAACUAUCUUUGACGAAGUUCAACGAAGUAGCGAUUCCUCAUCAUCUGGACUUACUUCGACAGCACAAAGCUAAUAUUAUAAAGUACGAAGAAGCAGAAGAGUAUGGCCGCGUGCGCUCGGAGCAGGUGCACGCGCGGCGCGUGGCGGCGCAGCUACGAGCACUGCUCGGCGAGAUGGACGCGCUGCGUCGCCAGGUGCGCGCGCAGGACGUGCCGCACUUCGACCGCCUCACGCAACGCUCCAGGGAUCUCACUCUAAGGGCUAUCAUGGAUUAUUUGGGUGUGAUAGAGCGCAGUUGUAUAGCACUCGUAAGGUCGGCGCAGACACGGUCGCGUUGCAGCGAGUCGUCGCCGAUGGCGAUACCCGACGCGGCGCCGACGCCGAGCGCGGCGGGCAGCGCGCGGUCCGGCGACUCGGUGGGUGUGCUGGAGCCCGCGCCGCUCGUGCAGCUGCAGGUGGACCAGCAGGAGCUGCAGCUGCGCGAGCGUGAGGCCGUGCUGCGCGGGUGGGGCGAGCUGCAGGCCGAGGUGCGCGCGCUGCACGACGCGUGGCAGCACGUGCAGGCCGCCGCGCUCGCGCAGCGCGACCAGGUCGGCGCGGUGGCGGCGAGUACGCAGCGCGGCGCCGACAACGUGCAGGCGGCGCGGGAGCAGCUGGCGCUCGGCGAGAGGCUGCGCGCGGGCGCGUGGGGCGCGGGCGGCGCGCUGGCGGGCGCGCUGGCGGGCGGGCCCGUGGGGCUGGUGCUGGGCGCCAAGGCGGGUGCGGCUGCGCUGCUCGUGGGCUCCGCGCUCGGGUUCGUGGGCGCCAGGCUGCUGGGCCGGCGCCGCGACUCGCAGAUCCGAGAGGGCACCGACGCCGACAAGAAGGAGCUCUAGCCGUUCGAGCCCGAUAGGGCGUGCGCGACGGAGAUGGGUGCCGAUGUCCCGCUAGCCCGUCCUUCAGUCUCGCACAAGUUGUUACCUGUAUGGACGAAUCGCAACAGCUCCAGAACCCUUUAGGGCGUUUUCACACGGCGUAUUUUUUCGGCGCAGACGACGAACUUUUGGCGAACGCUCCUCUCGCGGAUAUUAAAUCGAUUCAAACGCGCGUACCGAGCGAGCUCCACCUCGCCGCCACCGCCCGUGAUUGCCUUAAUAUAUUACUGUUUGCUGCGAGUGUUUCUAGCGAAUUGGCAUCAUUCGAUACCGACCAGUUUAUGACGCAAAAAAUAAUCAUCCAGUUAUAUGGAAUACCGCAUUGGCCGAAUAUUCAAAAUAAUAAAUUACCAAAAAAAAUGCUUGGGAUCUUCAUCCCAACCAUUUCUUUCAUCAUCCUCAAGCAUUUGCCAAAUUUUCAAUAAAAAAAAAACAGUGCGUCUGCAUUGCCGCACCUGCGUGUACAUCCGGUAUACUAUUUAAACAGGCAGAGGGCGCGCGUUUACGGCACUACUAAAUUUCUAACGUGUGUUAAGAUUUGCUCGCUGCGAUUGAAUCUCAUUUUUACAGCGCGUUAAACGUAAGUCAUCUGCACCGACAAAACGCGGCGGACAAAACCCUUACACAUUUCUUUCUAUAUAAUUCUUUGGUCACGUGACAUGUCAAAUACUGAGUCGUUUCUGUACAUUUUGAUGUUUUCUGUGUAAAUCAUUUUAAGCGAGUCUUUUUGUAAAGUAAUCUUUCUAUCGCGUUGCGCAAACAAGAGCACAGCUAUAUGUAGAUUGUACUUAUACCGCUCAUGUUGCUCAUGUUUGUAGACAAGACAUAAUAUUAUGUUUAGGUAAUAAGUCGCUGUGAUGAACUGCCUUAAAGUAAGUAAGUAAGUAAGAGUAAUAUCGUAUCGUACAACUGUCAGCGAUUUAAUAAACGCUUUUAUGUGCGAGCCGUAGUAAUAGCUAUUAUUUCAAUUUAUAAGCGAAAAUUGCAAAUUUUAUUAAAUUGAAACUGUAUAGUAUACAUUUCAUGUGGCAUGUACUUUUUUUUUAAUAGAAUAGGAAGGCGGACGAGCAUAUGGACUACCUGAUGGUAAGUCACCAAACGCCCUUAGACAUUGGUAUUGUAAGAAAUGUCAACCAUCGCUUACAUAGCCAAUGCGGCACCAACAUUGGGAACUAAGAUGUUAUGUCCCUUGUGCCUGUAAUUACACUGGCUCACUCACCCUUCAAAUAGGAACACAACAAUAACAAGUACUGCUGUUUUGCGGUAGAAUAUCUGAUGAGUGGGUGGUACCUACCCAGAAGAGCUUGUACAAAGCCCUACCACCAGUAAGUACGUAUGUAUGUGUUCUAUCUCAUAGUAUUAGAAAACUUAUGUAUAUAAUUAUUAUUAUUGUUGUAGUAUAGCAUAGCUAUAUUGUAAAUAACGUAUAUUUUUUACGAAAAAUCUUUAUAACAAUUGUACAAAUAUGUAUUAUAAUUAAUAAAAUAUUAA